AUGGGCGGUCUCCACUGUAAAUGGCGGUUCCCCAACUCCCGCUUCAACCGUCAUUUCUGUCGUCUACCUUCCUCUCCUCCAUUCCCACAAUUCAAGUCACUUCCAUUCCCUCCAUCUUCACACCCCAAAACCAAAGCUAUUGAGUUUACAACAACAAACACUAGAGGUAGAAGUAGAAGUUCUAGUCUCAGACCCCUGUUCUGUCUCUCUCAGAAUCAACUAACCCAACAAGACAAUGAUGAUGACGAUGACGAUGACGAUGAAGAUGACGACGUGUCCCAAGGCCGCGGCAAUGGGAACUGGACAAUAGUACUGUCAUCGAGCUUGGUCGGUCUCCUUACUGGCCUCGGUGUCGUUCUGUUCAACUACUCAGUGCAUGAGAUAAGAGACGUGUUUUGGGAUGGAAUACCCCCGAGAGGAGCUUCAUGGCUGAGGGGGGAGCCCAUUACAGAUAUGUGGCAGCGAGUUGUUCUGGUUCCCGCUUCCGGGGGUUUGAUUGUGGCCAUUUUGAAUGCGCUCAGAGGUGCAUUGGAUGAUGAACAGGGAGAAGAAAAGGAAAGAGAAGAGAAUGUGUUGGUGAAAAUGGGAAUGCCUGUUUCAAUUUUCGAUAGCUUGAAGGCUGCGUCACGUCCAUUUCUUAAAGCUGUUGCUGCUUGUGUUACUCUGGGAACUGGGAAUUCUUUAGGUCCUGAAGGGCCUAGUGUUGAAAUUGGGACCUCCAUUGCCAAAGGUGUAGGUGCUGUGUUUGAUAGAAGUUCUCAGAGAAAGCUCUCUCUUGUGGCUGCUGGAUCAGCUGCUGGAAUUGCUUCUGGGUUUAAUGCUGCUGUUUCGGGUUGCUUCUUUGCGGUAGAGUCAGUCCUAUGGCCAUCACCAGGGGAUUCUUCGUCUUCAUCUGUUUCGCUUACAAAUACCACUUCUAUGGUCAUUCUAAGUGCAGUGAUAGCUUCUGUAGUUACACAAGUCGGUCUUGGUUCCGAACCAGCAUUCAAGGUCCCUAACUAUGACUUUCGUUCACCUACUGAGUUACCGCUGUAUCUACUUCUGGGUGUUUUAUGUGGCUUGGUUUCUUUGGCCUUUUCAAAGUGCACAUCAUACAUGUUGUCAUUCGUUGACAAUAUUCAGAAGACCACUUCCCUGCCGAGAAGUUCAUUUCCUGUACUAGGAGGCUUAACAGUCGGACUUAUAGCAUUGGCAUAUCCUGAAAUCCUUUAUCGUGGGUUUGAGAAUGUUGACAUUUUGUUAGAAUCUCGACCAUUUAUGAAAGGCCUCUCAGCUGAGCUAUUGGUUCAGUUAGUAGUGGUUAAGAUAGGUGCAACCUCUGUGUGCCGGGCAUCUGGGUUAGUUGGAGGCUACUAUGCUCCAUCACUCUACAUUGGUGCAGCAACAGGAGUGGCGUACGGGAAGUUCAUUGGUUCAGUAGUUGCUCAGUCCAAUCCCAUACUUCACCUCUCCUACUUGGAAGUAGCAUCACCUCAAGCAUAUGGACUGGUUGGAAUGGCUGCUACUCUUGCAGGAGUGUGCCAGGUACCCCUUACUUCAGUGCUGCUGCUUUUUGAAUUGACACAAGAUUAUCGCAUUGUUCUACCGCUGCUUGGAGCUGUAGGAUUAUCUACAUGGAUUACAUCUGGAAAGACAAGAAGGAAAGAUGUCUCAAAGAGUAAGAAAGUCUCACAGCGAGGAACUAGUAACAAUCAACAACCUGAAGUUCGGUUCUCUAGUGUCAAUGGGCAAUCCUCUGGAGAAGCAUUUACUGAAAGCACAUCCAACAUGAGUGACCUUUGUGAAAUGGAAAGUUCACUCUGCGUUGAUAAUUUUGAUAUUGAUAUGGAAAAGUUAGAAAAGAGAAUACUUGUUUCAGAAGCCAUGAGAACAAGAUAUGUGACUGUUUUGAUGAACACUUUGCUUACAGAAGCAGUCGCUCUAAUGCUUGCAGAAAAGCAACCCUGUGCCAUGAUUGUUGAUAGUAAUCAUAUUCUAAUCGGUUUACUCACACUGGAUGACAUUCAAAAGUUCAGCAGUAAAUAUGCAAAUUCAAGAAUACAACGAUCCAAGGAACUUAUAGUAUAUGAAAUGUGUUCUUCUGAUGGGGAGGUAUGCAAAGUACCAUGGACAGCUACACCCACCAUGGAUCUAUUUUCUGCUCAGAAGAUCAUGAAUAGAUACGAAAUGAAUGAAAUACCGGUUGUUACAGAUACUCGGGGUCAGAGAGGGCACCUAGUUGGCUUUUUAGACAGAGACUGUAUAAGCCUAACUUGCAGGGCUCUAGCGACCAGAGAAUCCCUCUGUUAGUCAUCAAAGACUGACAUAACAGAAUACUCAAUACAGUUUUCACACUUUUGAUAAUACUGUCUCAGCCUAACCGGGCACAUACAAUUCAGGCAUCCAGCCAUCCACCGGAUUUCUGCUUCAGGGUUCAGAGCACCUCAGCGACACUCGUUGAUAUCUUCCAUUUCGUUUUCAAUUGCUCUGACUCAAUCAAAGUCUGGAACCCAGACCAACAAUGCAACUGAGCAAGGGUAGAGACAUUAUUCUUGACAACACAACAGGUAUUGGAAUAACCCUUUGUAUUUUCUUUUAACAUUUGGCUGUGUAAUUAGAGCCACAACAACAAAAAAUCUUGUUUCCCACAAUAGUAAUGAAC